GGGCCCGGUGGGGCCAUGGCGGGCACGGGCGGCUGAGGGGAACCGGGGGCACCGGGCGCUCCGAGCCGGCCGUGAGGCUCUGGGAGCGGCCACAAACCGGCUCCCCCGCAGCGGGGAUCCUCCGCCGCGGGCCAUGGCGGCGGCGGCGGCGGCGGCGGGUUCCAACUGGGGCCUGAUCAUGAACGUGGUGAACAGCAUCGUGGGGGUGAGCGUGCUCACCGUGCCCUUCUGCUUCCGACAGUGUGGGAUCCUCCUGGGAGCUGUGCUGCUGCUCUUCUGCUCCUGGAUGACUCACCAGUCCUGCAUGUUCCUGGUGAAGUCGGCCAACCUCAGCAAGCGCAGGACCUACCCCGGCCUCGCAUUUCAUGCCUAUGGAAAAGCAGGAAAAAUGUUGGUGGAAACAAGCAUGAUUGGGCUGAUGCUGGGCACUUGCAUCGCUUUCUACGUCGUCAUCGGCGAUUUGGGCUCCAACUUCUUUGCGCAGAUGCUCGGAUUCCAGGUGUCGGGCGCCUUCCGGGUGGUGCUGCUCGUCGCCGUGUCCCUGUGCAUCGUCCUUCCCCUGAGCCUCCAGAGGAACAUGAUGGCCUCCAUUCAGUCCUUCAGUGCCAUGGCUCUCAUCUUCUACAGCGUCUUCAUGUUCGUGGUUGUGGUGUCCUCCUUCAAUCACGGGCUCUUCAGCGGGCAGUGGCUGCAGCGAGUGAGUUACAUGCGCUGGGAGGGCAUUUUCCGCUGCAUCCCCAUCUUUGGAAUGUCUUUUGCCUGCCAGUCUCAGGUCUUGCCUACUUACGACAGCUUGGAUGAGCCGUCUGUCAAAAUCAUGAGCUCCAUAUUUGCUUCUUCGCUAAACGUGGUCACCACCUUUUACAUCAUGGUGGGCUUCUUUGGCUACGUGAGUUACACCGAGGCCAUUGCUGGCAACGUCCUGAUGAACUUCCCUUCCAACGUGGUGACGGAGAUGAUCCGCGUGGGAUUCGUGAUGUCGGUGGCAGUGGGGUUCCCCAUGAUGAUCCUGCCCUGCAGACAGGCACUCAACACCCUGCUCUUUGAGCAGCAGCAGAAGGACGGCACCUUCGCUGCCGGGGGCUACAUGCCCCCGCUCCGCUUCAAAGCCCUGACGUUGGCCGUUGUCUUUGGAACCAUGGUCGGAGGCAUCAUGAUCCCCAAUGUGGAAACAGUCCUGGGCUUGACAGGUGCGACCAUGGGAAGCCUCAUUUGUUUCAUCUGCCCAGCUCUUAUUUACAAGAAGAUCCACAAGAAUGCGCUUUGUUCACAGAUUAUCCUGUGGAUUGGGCUGGGAAUGCUGGUGAUCAGCACCUACACCACCCUGUCUGCCUCCGAGGACACCCCUGUGAGGACAGAAGCAGUGGGCUUGGAGCACCUGGACAGAGAGGAGAACAGAAUUGACCAGGAUUCAAUCAAACUUCCAGAGCAGAACCCGGUGGUGGAGGAGCCUGAGGAUGACCGUGAUAAACCCAAAGUGCCCGAGGAAAAGGAAGAGAUGGAGCAGCCACAAAUCAAGGUGCCUGUGCAGGUACCCAAGAGGGAAGAGGAGAGAGGAAAGGUGGAAGAGAAAGUGCAGCUGGACCGUCCUGAUCAAGGGAUUGCCGUGCCCGUGGGGGAGGCUCAUCGCCACGAGCCCCCCGUCCCACACGAUGAGGUGGUCGUGGACAUGGGGCGGGAGCGGGAGGAAUCCGAGGAGAACAAAGUGGCUCCUGGAGGAGCCAGCGACCAUCUGCUGGAGGAACCAGCCAGGCUGAAGCCCCAGAAGGAGGCACUGGGCCCAAAACAAGGGAAGGAAGUGGUUGCUGAGAACCAGCAGCGGGGAGUGACUGUCCCAAAUCUGGAGAAGGUCCCAGAGGCAGCGGUGCAGCAGGGUGGGAGGCCACCCUACAAGGAGCUGCAACCAGGGGAAGCCAAGCUGGAAGCCAAGGCACAGGCAGCCGUGCUGGAUGGUGACACUGCUGAGGCUGCUGAACGGGACAAGCCACAGCUCCAGCUCCCCAGGAAAGCAGAGGAGGCUGCAAAGCCCGUGGAGAAGGAAGCAGAGCCUGGUGAAAAGCAGGAGCUGCCCCUCCCAGAGAGAGCAGAACUGCUGGAGAACCAGAACACUGAGGACAGACAGGAGAAGGCAGGGGAAGCAGGACCAGCAAAACUACUGGACCACAAUGUGCUGCUGCAGGUGAUCAAGGAGCAGCAGGUGCAGCACAAGCAGCUCCUGGACCAGCAGGCAAAGCUGCUGGCAGUGAUCGAGGAGCAGCACAAGGAGAUCCACCAGCAGCGGCAGGAGGAGGGGGCAGAGGAGAAGCCAAAGCCAGCAGAAGCACAGCCAGAGCCUGCCGUGCCCCUCUCCAGGAGCAGGGAGGACGAGGGCCUGGGAGCCAAGGGGGACAUGGCUGGGAAGGAGCAGCCGGAGCAGCGCCCAGCCCAGCAGCCCCCCGAUUCCAAAGAGCAGCACAGGGACAGCGUGGGGAAGCUGGAAGAGGCUGAGCACAGGCGUGACAUUCCUGUGGCUCCUCCCAAGGACUGGAAGGUGCCACUGCAGGAGAAUGACAGAGCUGUUAAGAAUCCCGUGGAGAACCGGGAUCCCCUCCACGGGGAUGCCCAGCGUGUUCCAGCAGCCAGAAACCACCUGGAGAAAAAGCCCUUGGCAGAGGAUUUGGGAGGAGAACGUGAAGCCAAAGCUGGAAGAGAUGUCCACCAGAAGAAGAAUUUCCUGAGAGCCGUGGAAGCAGCUACAGCUCCCAUCCAAAGAGAACAGCCGGGGGCUGCCAAAGUUCAGGGAGUAGCAGGAAAGAGUUUGGAAAGAGACUCAGGAACAGACCUUAAAGCCAAAACUCUGAGUCAGGUGGAGCCCAAGGACCUGGCAGUGCUGCCGGACUCUUCCAGUAACAGGAAUGUGGCAGGGAGGGAGCAGCACCCCCGGGAGCGGGAGUGGCAGAGAGGGGCACAGCCCGAGGGGGCGGGCGGGCGGCAGCGGGACCCGCCUGGCCACGGGCGCAGGAAGGAGGAGGAUCCCCGGGAGGAGCCGCAGGGCCGUGCGGGGGCGGGUGGGGGUCCCUCCAACGGCGCCGACAGGAAACCCAGCGCUCAGGAUGCUCCAGCACCGAAAUCCGAGAACGGAGCGGCCGCUCCCAGGGAUCCGCAGCAGGACCUCAAACCCAACCGGGACCUGAAGCUGCAGGGGGGGCUGGACCUGCGGCGCAGGAGACGGGACCUGCUGCCUCCCGACCAGGAGGAGGAUGGGGAGGAGGAUGGGGAGGAGGAGGAGGCGGCUGCAGCAGGAGCCGGGGGGGUCCUGAUCGGCCUGAACCCCCUUCCCGACGUGAAGGUGAACGACCUGCGCAGCGCGCUGGAGACGCGGCUCAGCCGGGUGGCCGAGGGCGCGCAGCACCUGGGGCACAGCCGCCACAUCCAGCAGGUGACGCAGGACGGGAGCCCCUGACCUGGCUGUGGCCACGCUCCGCAGGCAAGGCUGGGCUUGCCGGUGCUGCUCAGGCACGGAGAGAUGGAAGCCAGCACCGCCCCAGGGGUUCCACAGCAGCACCCCCAGUGUGUGCCUGCGGGCAGCCGAGGAGAUGGUGGCACUGGAAGUGACAUUCCUGCUGUCCCCUGCCUUCCAGAGCUGCCAUCCACCUCGGCUCCCUGCCAGGCCGCUGCUCCAAGCACCUUUUCCAGCAUCUCAUCCACAUCAAAUUGCCUUCUCCAGCCAUCUCCCAGCUGCUCUCAGAAGCAGGGAGGGGCUCCAUCGCCCCGGCUGUGCUGAGGGGACCUGGGAUCCGCACCUUGGGAAGGGCUUUACCCCAGAGAAGCCGUGAGCCGAGCACCAGGAGACGCUCCAGUGCUGGAUCGGGAGCAGGGCCUCGUUUGUUUGGGACACAGUGGUGGUUUAGGAACCUCAUUUAGUAGAAAUGCUGCCUUAACUGGGCACAACUCCUGUUGUGCUGCCUCUCUCCCAGGGAUGGGAUUCCUUGGCCACACACUGGGAUCACACGGAGCUCUGCCCCCGCUACCCUCCCUGGGUGCUCCUCUCUGUGCUCUCCAGCUCCACUUCCCCUCUCAAAAGUGCAUUAAGAAGCUCAACUUUCCCCCAAGCCUUCCCAACCCAGCUUGAUUCUUCUGCCAGAGGUGAGAAGUUUGGGAAAAACGUGGCAGAGCCAGGUGGACCCAGGGGCUCCACCUACCUCUUCCUGUGUUCCGGGUGCUCUUCCCAGCCUCCCCCCGCCCUGUUCUGCAUCCAGACAGGUCCCUGCUCCACCUCUGGAAAUUUGUUUGAUGAGUGAGGAAGAGCUUUACCAAAAGCUCUAUGUUGUUUCAGGCUUCCAGUGAUUCAUCCCUUGGGGUUUUUUUGGGUUUUGUGUUUUUACAUCCUGACCUGAGAAUGUACGGAAUUCGAUCCCAAAGCUCUCCCUAGACAGGCUGAGAAUUCCCAGCCUGGAGCCCUCAGACCUCAUCACUGUGGUGGGUUUUAGAUCCCCAAAUGUCUCUGGCGACCUCGAGUCUGUGUGCAGUGCUGGGACAGGGUGGGACUGUCCCUGCCUGGUGCUCCCGGGGUGUCACAACCCAGAGUGACAGGGAAGCGACCUCGGGAGUCCUUUGGGAAGAUCCCCCGGAACACUGUGGCCUUAAGCCCCCUGAACCCAACGAGCUUCUCCAUCAACGCUGUCGUCAAGCACAAGCAGCGCGGCCGGGAGCCCCGGAGCCGCUCCGAGAGGCGGGGAUGGAUCCCUGCUGGAUCCUGGGGAGAUGGAUCCGGGCUCUGGCUCCAGCCAGCCUUGCUGAAGUGAGAGGGAGCCGGAUCGGCUCCUUCAUCCCCCGUGCUGCGGGCUCAGCCCCGCCUGUCUGUUGUUCUGUGUGUGAACAGAAGGGACCAAAGAUGCUCCUGACAUUCCUGCUCCUGGGAAUGGCGUGGGCACCCGAGCUGGGCUGGGAGCUGCCUUGUCCCGCCGGGAGCGGCUCCCCCGGGGCGGGAGAGCCCGGAGCGCGGGCUGAGCUCAUCAAUAAAAUAAGCUGAAGCAUUCUGA